CUGGUAAAAAAAAAAAAAAAGAAAAAGGAAGGGGAAGUCAUUUGUCAGGCCUUGUAAACAUUUCUGUUGUGGGGGGUUAUGGGCUCCCUGGGGUGUUAAGCUCGUCAUUUACCAGAUGCCAGCAUUUCAGAAUAAACAAACAUACUGACCCUAAGGACACUUAAGGCAUGAAGGAGAAUAAAAAAGAAACAAACACUUACACAUCAGAAGCAUGUGCAGAAAGCAAAUGUGGGUUGUAGUGCAGAUAAUUAACCGGGACAGAUGAAAACAAUCUGUGACUGAGUUCUGUAAGCUUGGAGGUAGAGAAGUGGCAAAGGGACUGUUUUCUGCAUGCGAUUUGACAGUGCACUCUAGCAGAGUAUGUAGACGCAUCUCCUUGCACCUGGGGCACUUAGUAAUACUUAGUUUCAUUAAAUGAUCUCAAAGCACUUUGCAAGAGAAGGUGAGUCAUCUCCUUUUUAUAGAAGCAGCCAUGGAAUUAUGUAUUAGCUAAAGAAUUUAUGUAAUGUGGUGACACAGCCGGGAAUAUAGUCCACACCUUUUUGCUUCCAGUCCUAGUUCUUGCUAUAUGCUGCUAUGCUGUGCGUAACUGCACUCGGUCUGGGGGACCGCUGUGUCGAAAAGACAAAUGUUUUUGUUCAAAAAAGGUGAUUUGCGGAUUACAGCGAGAUGUGGAUAAUGUAUCCAUGUUUGGUAGUCCUCACUGGGAGAGACUGUCUAGGCCAUCAGUUUCUCCCUCUGGCUUUGAGAGCGUUGUCCUCGCAGAAGAGGAUCUCAACGUCAAGCUGAUGAACGAAGAGAUACGUAUCCACAGCUGGCCUUGUUCAUAUUACUUGGACACCAGCAAACAAUGGGUCUCUGGCAGACUCUCACUGACUCCUGUUGCUAUCAAAUUUACAGCUGACAAAACUGGUGAACUUUUGGUCGAUUUCCAUCUUUCUAGUAUCAGCGAGAUCAAGAAAGAAUCUUCAAAUCUAAUCUUUAGCUCCCUCACCAUCUUAGAGAGGAGUACCAAGCACUGGUUCAGUUCUCUCCAACCGAACAGGAAUGUGGUGUUCAACAUCCUUGAGCAUUUCUGGAGGGAGCAGUUGCUGUCGAACCAAGGAGCAGGAGCAGAAGCUGGGCCUCUGCAGUCAACAAAAGGAAAGGAACUGACUGGCUUGUUAGCAGGUUCGCAGAAACGCCUGGAGGACACGGCAAAAGUGCUGCAUUACCAGGGCGAGCAGUUUGAUAACAUCAUGAGAGGACUGAACAAAAUCGAAGGCGAUAUGGAUGUAGCAGACAGGUUGUUGACUGAACUCGAAUCUCCUUCUUGGUGGCCGUUUAGCAGCAAGCUCUGGAAAACGCCAUUGGAAGCCAAGCCAAAGGAAACGGCCACAGUUUCCGAUUCAAAGAACCAGGAAGGAAUCAUAAUUAGAAUUCCAGUUAUUAUCACCCACAGAACAGACUCAAAUGUCAAGCCAGGAAAACUCACGCUCCUCGCUUCUGGCCUGGAAAUCAGUGACUGCAAUUCUCAGGUCAUUCACCGGUUUGAAUCAAAAGAUGUAGAUGAUAUCAGAGUUCAUACGCCAUAUGAAAUCAGUGUUCGCCAGAGAUUUAUUGGUAAGCCUGAUACCUCUUACCGGCUGUUGUCAGCGAAGAUGCCAGAAGCAAUCCCGAUCCUGGAGAUGCAGUUUAGCAAGAAGAUACAGUUUUUAGAAGAUGCCCUGGGAUUUGUUGGUGCCAGGAAGUCUCCUCAGGUAGAUUUGGGCACCUCCAUUUGGCAAGCAGCCACAGGACUCCUGGGAGGCGUGGUGCAGCCCGGCUCUCCGGUGGGAGGCGGAGAAGGGAUGGACAAUGAGCAGGUUCAGCUGCAGAGUCAAGAACAGAUCUCCGAGUCGGAAACAAAAGAGCUUAAACAGAUCCUAAAGAAACUGAAGGGCCUUGCCUUAGAAGCAGAGGCAGAACUGGAGAGACAGGAUGAAGCUCUCGAUUCCAUCACCACCUCUGUAGACCGAGCAACGUUGAAUAUCGACAAGCAGAACCGCAGAAUAAAGAAACUAACGUAGCCCCCACAGCGGCUGCUGGGGAUGGUGACAUGAAAAAAAGGAGGACUGGGGAACUGUAUUUUUAAAGACUGUUUCUUUAUAGACCCUUUGAUUUUAUGGGAGCUGUUUGCAAUAUUGUCUGGAAUACUGUGCUGCUGAUGUGGGAUUUCAGAGAGGGGAGUUGCGAAAAUGUUUCCAGACUUGGCUGGUUUUUGAAGACCGUUUCAGGAUUAAAAACGCCAAGGUUUUUAAUCGUGUGAAACAAUGGUAGUGAAUUCCUUGCUACAGAUAAUCUGUAAAUAUGAAGUGGUGUGAUUUCAUCUGAAUCAACUUUUAUGCUGCUGUUUUAUGUUACUGCUUUUGAAAGGCAUUUUUUUUAUUGCAACAAAGAAAUGAGGGAGAAAUAAACUGCCUAUGAGACUACUUUAGAUGAUUACAGCCUGUUAAUUCUCUCUCAAGGUCUUUCUUGAAAAUAGCUAAUACCUGAACCAAGGCCCAGAUGUCUAACUGUAAGUCAUUGGGACUUUUUUUGUAAGUUAGUGCUGAAGUGAGCAGAAGAUGGUGAUAAAACCCUGUGAUCAUUGAAAGAAUAGCUUUAAUAGGUUUCAGUUACGUUUUUAAUGUACUCAGGAAUUUCAUAAGAGUAGUGAAGGGUUAGUGGCCACUGCUCUAUGUUGCCAUAUCCUGGGAAAGCAAGAAGAGAUGGAUAGUUAAUACGGAUAACAUGUGUUGGAUACAUGUUAUUGGUUGAGACAUCUACUUGAUGAGCAGAUUUAGCUGUGUUGUCAUUGAGCAAGUGUUUUGCUUACUGAAGUCACUUAUUAAAAGUAAGUGUCAGAGUUAAAUAUAUGCUUCUCUUUUCCAAAAAGGCAUUGCUGAUUCUUGAUGAUCGUCUGCAGGUUUUUGUCAUGAUCCCUGGCCCCCGUUUUAAACCACACAAUUAAGGAAAGAAUUAAUUCCGGAGAGGAGGCAGUGAUUUUCUUCACCAGCACAUUUGUUCAGUACAUCUCUUCGAGCGCACUGCAUGUAUCCUUCACUCGCACACAAUGCCUUUGUAUUUUUUUGGUAAUAGUCAGAUGGUUGCAGUGUCCUCAGAACGAUAUCAACAUAGUGCGCAGUUAAUUUGUUGCCUAAAUACCUUGUUGGAGCUGGGCUGCCACAUCUCUUGUGCCUGUGAGCGGAAGGAUUCUUUUCCCUUUGCUUAUCUGUCCUUCAUUUCCAGGGAACUCCCCAUUGUUUAUCUCCAGCCAUUUAGAUGUGGUCUUUACGGGGAGCAUUUUUGUGUGUCAGCUCCAGAUGCUUAGGUUCAGGGACCGAUAGCUGGAGCUGCAGUCACCUCUGUAUCGUUUGUUGUAGUGCAGUCCAUCUAUCUUGCAAUUACUAUUUAUUUGCACUAAUUGGGGGUGAAGCAUGUCAAGACUUCUUGUAGUCCUGUGCGUCUAAAGUAAAAGGCAAUCGCUAUCCAUUAGAUUUCAUUGAGUUUACAGUUAGCUUCCUCUGGACUGCAAAUGGUGGAGACCUUUUCCUCUCCUAACUCAUUGGCUGCUACCUAGAAAAGAGUCCAGAUUAACCUAUAUAUACUGCCUGUAGCAGAGAACUUGAAAGACAGACUUGCUGGUCACCUCACGUUUCAGUGACUUCUACAGUUUACCAACUAUUUUAGUUCAAAGUAACUGUUGUAAUCACUUCAUUCUUUUUCGAGUGUUUUAAUAUUUGCAGAAUUCUUCUUGUGUCGCUUUCCAAAUACAAUCCACAACACUAUUGGUGCGAUAUUUUUAACUAGUGAAGCUUUGAACUGUUUAUUCCACUGAUAGUUGAGCUGAUUUUUUUCCUGUUUUCAGAGUAAUACAGCCUACCUUUUAAAGAAAGGUAUAGUAAAUAACAUAGAGUACGUUGUUUUCAAGACCUUAUUCUACCUUGUUUUGUAUUACUUCAUAUUAGUUUCUUAGUAUUGGAGUAAAUUGUACUUCUGCACUGCAAGUCCUUCCUUUACAGUCCAAGUUGUUACUGGCAUGCACUGUAUCUAGUUGCUGAGUAUGGUGAUUAUAUAUACAUCCACAAUAUGUACUGUGAAAUAAAAUAUUGUCUGGGGUUCUAUUUCUUGAUUGUUUCUGAUACCCAAAUCACUGUUGUUGUACUGUAAGGAGAAGAUAACGUUUACAUAAGUAAUUCAUUAAUUUAAAAAUACACUUUGCACAAAAUAGAUGUUAACUGAACCUGGUGUUGACUGGGAACGGAUCUCUAACCUGAACUGGUCUAAACCAGGAUUGCCAAAAAUCCUAGAUGCACUUAGUUUAGUUUAGCAUUCUUUGUGCCAUCAUUUUUAUUGUUGUGGUUUUUAGCAUUAGCCAUUGCAUUUGAUUCUGUACUUUGUGUUUUGUGUUAGUCUGACAUGUCCAUGCUUAACCAAAAUUGUAGUGUUGUUUUUAAGAAGUGAACCUUUCUAGAGCUGUACGUUUGCUGCUGAGCUGAAUUUCAUCCGCCCGGAGGACUUUCAGUCUUAUUAAAUAUCUUGGAAUAGUGA